GAUACAGUUUUAAAACACUGUAUAGAGUCAGUAUAACCUUUACCAACUGACACCAUUGAGAAGGAUGAACUGAAAAGUACUGAUGUUAUGGAGAAUAUUUAUGCUAAUAUUAGUGCUGAAACCGUAAAGGUUCUUCAUGACCCCAACAUUGAGACCCAGUAUGGCAGGAAGGCAACAAUUUGACAACGGAGUGGCAGGUGACUUUGAGGAGGAGCAGACUAAGCUAUUGACAGAGAAAGACCAGCUAAAGGGGGAGAUAGAUAACCUUCAAAAUAAAUUAUUGUUUAUGGAGCAUCAUUUUAAAAUGGGAUGGUGUCACUUUGGAUCGAGUUUUUACCUCGUCUCCACUGUGGAGAAGACUUGGGAGCAGAGCAAACAGGACUGUGUAAGGAGAGGAGCAGACCUGGUGAUCAUAGACAGCAGAGAGGAACAGAGAGACAGAGGGGUCAUGGAAAUGGGUGGAUGGAAUACCACUGACCAUACAGUACUGGAAGAGUGGAGAGCCUAACAGUUACGGCGGUGAAGAGGACUGUGCUGAGAGAAGCUUAAUUUAUUCUAACACAGAGCAGAGCUGGAAUGAUGCACAAUGUGGUCAACUGAAGUUAGGGAUUUGUGAGAAAGUGGCUUAUCCGUAACUCACACUGCAUAUAUAACUGCAUUCUUUUCUUUUCAUUUUUCAUGAACCAUCAAGUAAUAUACUGUAUAUGCUUUUAUUUACAACUCCUGCUUGGACUAUUGCAUAAAAUUAUUAGAUUAUCAUUUCAAUUAUAAUUUCAAUUAAUUAUAUUUCCCCAUUGUUUAAAUAAAUAUAUAUAUAUAUCAAUGCCUAAUUAGCUUAGUACAACUGCUAUUACCCUAUAAUAACCCCAAAAUAUGUUAUUUUAUGUUGUUUUGAGUCUUUUGAGUCUUUUUAUAUCUUAUACCAAAAGUAUGGAUGUAUGACUCCUCCACUUGUUUCCAAAUAAAAUAAG